AUGGGGGCUACUGCGGAAAAUUGUGCGAAAACCCUGAUAGAUGAGGUAUUCCUGCGUUACGGAGUCCCAAGACGAAUUAUCAGUGACAAUGGAGUGCAGUUUGUAUCCGCAGUGAUGCAGAAGGUUGCAUUCUGCCUUGAAAUAAGUCAGGUGUUCACACCGGUAUAUCAUCCCCAGGCGAAUCCGGUGGAGCGAAAGAAUCGAGACAUGAAGGCACAGUUGGCGAUAUUGGUCGCGUUUCUUACAUUCGGGCGUGAACCAAGAACUAUAGGCGAUGUCCAGCAUGAUUUAAGGUCAAUCAUUCAGUCGGAGAACUUUGUUACCGAAAUCACACCAUACUUAGCCACGCUCACUGAAGUGUUCCAAGCUGCUCGCGAAUGUGAACGGAAGCAGCAAGAUGCUAACAAGCGUGCUUCUAACCUACGACGGCGUGAUCAGGAAGAUUUGGAAAUUGGCUCUAAGGUUCUGGUCACCACACAUGUCCUAAGCAAUGCUACCAAGGGUGUAACGUCCAAAUUCGCACCACGACGAGACGGGCCUUACGUUAUCAUCGGUAGACAGGGUUCUACUUCCUACGUGAUUGCUCACGAGGACAACCUGCAACAUCCUUUGGGCACAUAUAAUGCAUCUUCAUUAGUACGAUAUCGCAGUUCCAGUGACGAAUACGAAGGUCCCAUUAACAUGAUACGGCGUAGAGGACGACCCCGAGAGACCACAUAG